GCUGGUAGAUGCGGGCUAGCUAACCGGUUAGCCGUCUGAGCUGCAUUUGCCUCUUUCUUCGGGGUAAAACAUAAAGGAACGGCCGUGCCAACCCGUCAACAACGGCUUUUCUGAAAGUCGCCAUGCCGGUUCACUCGCGGGAGAAGAAAGAGAGCAACCACGAAGAAAUGGAGGUGGACUUUCCGGAGCAAGACGGCAGCAGCACAGACGAGGAGGACACCGUUAGCUCGUCCGUGUCUGAAGAUGGAGACAGCUCCGAGAUGGAUGAUGAGGACUGCGAGAGGAGGAGGAUGGAGUGUCUGGAUGAGAUGACCACACUGGAGAAACAGUUCACCGACUUGAAGGAGCAGUUGUACAAGGAGCGACUGAGCCAGGUGGACAUCAAGCUGCAGGAGGUGAUGGCUGGCUGUGCCCAAGAGUACCUGGAACCUUUAGCCAACCUGCAGGAGAACAUGCAGAUCAGGACCAAAGUGGCUGGAAUCUAUAGGGAGCUGUGUUUGGAGUCUGUGAAGAACAAAUAUGAGUGUGAGAUCCAAGCUGCUUGCCAACACUGGGAGAGUGAGAAGUUGCUGCUCUUUGACACUGUACAGAGUGAACUGGAGGAGAAGAUAAGACGACUGGAGGAAGACAGACACAGUAUUGACAUAACCUCAGAGUUGUGGAAUGAUGGAUUACACUCACGGAAAAACAAGAAAAAGGACCCGUUCUGCCCCGUCAAGAAGAAGAAGCCUGUUGUUGUUUCCGGACCUUAUAUUGUUUACAUGCUGCAAGAUCUGGAUAUUCUUGAAGACUGGACUGCAAUAAGAAAGGCGAUGGCAUCACUGGGGCCACACAGGGUGAAGGUGGAUGUCCCGGCAGCGAAGCCCGACAGACAUCACCACGUGGCACGCUCCGAGGACGGGCGACUUUUCUAUGACAACCAGUGGUACUGCAGGGGACAGGCCAUCUGUAUCAACAGGAAGGACGAGUACCCGACUAGUGCCAUCAUCACCACCAUCAACAACGACGAGGUGUGGUUCAAACGACUGGAUGGCACCAAGUCAAAGCUGUACAUCUCCCAGCUGCAGAAAGGCAAAUACACUAUCAAACACUCAUAAAAACACACACACACACACACGCACAUAUAGACAAAGACCAUCAUCUCUGCUGUGUUUCUUGUUGUCUCCUUUUUCUGUGUGGUAUCUUUUUACAUUCUACACAAACAGACACAUACCUCACUUCACUCCCUGUGUGCACAACAACAACAACAACAACAAAAAGAAAAAAACUGUCCAAAAAGUGACGUAUAUCAACUGGUAUAAGGAGACGUUCUACUCUGUAAAUAUGUAUAUGUGUGUUGAUAUUAUCGACAAGGUCACAAAGUGUCAUUUUCUCUGGAACGGAGAUCAAUGCAAAGUGCUGCUAAAACGAAAACGGAGGGAGAAAAACCGGAGCAGUAGCAAACUGUGAACCGCGGAGCUCAGUCGCGUGCCUUUCUGAGACAAGACGAUGCCUCGGCUGAUGUGGGGGUUAAAAAAAAGUAUAUAUAUAUAUGUAAAACAAAAAAAAAAACCCAAGCCCGGAACUAUGAAUCUCAACGCAGUGAAGCCUUACUCUGUGCUGGGUUAGCACCAGGAGGACUGAAGCGGGUCAGUGAACGAGUGAAUCCAGGUGAGGACGCCAUCGGCAGCGCGUUUGGUUCACCUCUCCGGACGCACGAGUUAGACUUGAAUUUCAUACAGAGCCUAAUAAAUCUGUGUCAGGCUCCCCAAGGGACCCUAGAACAAGUUUGAUUUAGUAAAAACGUGUCAAUAUGGAGACGGAGAACGAUUAAUCAAUAUUGAGUAAAUGGUUAUAUUGUGAACAUAAUGAGAUAAAGCUAUCCUUGGAGAAUACCUCCGGGGUUUUGUUUAAACCCACUUGGGACGCCACUGUACUAAAUGAUUUUAUUUUAAUGUUUUGGAUCUUUUACUGUAAUUUUUCCCCUACAUUUUUAAGUUCAAAACAAGGCCAGCCCUCUGCACUAAGUAAAACAGGAAAUCUGUAUUUAAAGCGUACAGUUAUGGGAGCUGCCCUGUAUAUAGAGACCUCGAUGUGUUUUGUGAUUCUUCUCUCCGUCUCCCCUCAUGUUGCCAUUCGUCAGAUAGUGCCUAGAACUUUACAUUUAACGCAGGAUGCAGGCUUUAGUUAAGUCAAGACUUGGAGUUUAACAACAACAAAAACAAAAAGCUCCACAGGUUCGGGCUUUUUUUCAUUUUUUUAUUUUUAUGUCUGUGGGGUCAUGAAAGCCUCAAAUCUGCAGUGCCAUUUUUCCGCAUUUUAUAUUCACUGUCCUCCUAUUGUCUUUGUUCCUUCCUCUUUGUUGUCACUUCUCUUUCCUUUUAUCUUCUUUCCUGUCAGUAAAAGUGUUCCUCAACACUGAUGUAUUAACAGUACAAAGAAAAAAAUCAAAACUUGUGUGUGUGUACGAUCCGUCCAAUCAAACCUUCUGUGUACAUUGUGUUUGAUUGACUGAAGGAAAUCUCGCAUUGUAUUUACGGUGCUUUAUUUUUUAGCAUUGCGCAUUUCAAAGUAUUACCUGCCAACAGUAUUGUAAAGAAAGGUGCUUGCAACAUAUAUCAUGAGGAAAAAAAAUGUCUGUGAAGACUCACGUGGCCUACACUGAGCAGAACUUUGGACAUUUUUGCUGCAAGUCUUGUUUUUCAUUUCAUUUUUUUUUACCUUUUUAAUGCAUCAUGGUUCCUUUUUCCACAUUACAGGUAAAAAAAAAAAUAAAAAAAUGUGACAUUGUGCCAAUGCAUGUACAACUGA